AUGGCGUUUAUACCCCAAAUAAGGGCAUGCCGUCAUUUUGGGAGUGGCUCGCCAAUUGAUUUGCUCAAAAUUGGAGCUAAAUGGCAAGAGAAAGUACUGAAAUCGGUGCCCAAAAAUUUGGCACCUAGGAAUGGGAAAAACAUCUAUGUGUUAGCCCAAUUCCCGUAUCCAUCCGGUCUCUUGCAUAUUGGUCAUCUGAGAGUGUAUACAAUUUCAGAUACGCUGAAUAGGUUUUAUCAGAUGAAAGGCUACGACGUUAUUCAUCCGAUGGGUUUCGACGCCUUUGGACUGCCCGCUGAAACUGCCGCGGUAGAAAGAGGCAUUGACCCAGCAGAUUGGACCAGACAAAACAUUAAUAUCAUGCGAGAUCAAUGUUCUGCCAUGUUGGCCAAUUUCGAUUGGGAUCGCGAAGUAGUUACCUGCGAUCCAGAUUAUUACAGGUUUACGCAACAGAUCUUUCUUGAAAUGUUCAAGAGAGGUCUCGCGUACCAAAAAGAGGCAGAAAUUAAUUGGGACCCCGUUUACGACACUGUUCUUGCCAAUGAGCAAGUCGAUUCCGAGGGGAGGUCAUGGAGAUCAGGAGCAAUAGUUGAAAAAAGGUUUCUCAAACAGUGGUUCCUUGGUAUUACGCGAUAUGCAGACAAGCUGAACAGUGAGCUGGAUAUGCUAACGGAUUGGCCCGAAAAAGUUAAGAGAAUGCAAAGACAUUGGAUCGGAAGAUCAAAGGGCACAGAGGUCGAUUUCGAGACGCAGACCGGUGAUACUAUUAAAGUGUUUACCACUAGAGUUGAUACUCUAUUCAGUGUUCAGUAUGUUGCAUUGUCUUUGACUCAUCCGGUGGUUAAACAGUUAGCAGAAAUAAACCCUACUGUCGAUCGAUUUGUACGCGAGGUCAAGGGCAUAAGCGAGGACUCCAAGAAAGGAAUGAUUUUGCCCGGAGUUAAAGCGAUUAACCCUCUUUCAAAAUCUUCUGACUUUGAUAUACCUGUUUUCGUUGCACCAUACGUUUUGGAUUCCUAUGGUCAUGGUGCCGUCAUGGGAUGCCCAGCCCAUGAUGAGCGUGAUUUUGCCUUUUGGGCCGAGAACAUGCCUUCGAGCCCAGUUCUGCCUACAGUAGAGCCUCUAGAAACAACUUUUGAAGGUCACUUCUAUGCUGGAAAGACCGGAAUUUUAAACUCCAAUGCCGAGCAGUACGCAGGGAUGACACUCCACGAUGCCGCCGAACAGAUAGCAAAGGAUCUUUCAAAGAUUGGAAGGGGAAAGCCGACGGUACAGUUUAAAUUACGCGACUGGUUGAUAAGUCGGCAGAGAUAUUGGGGAACUCCUAUUCCAAUCAUUCAUUGUGACAAUUGCGGUCCAGUACCGGUUCCAGAGAACGAUCUCCCGGUUGUUUUGCCUCGGGUAACAAAGCUUGCUCCAAAAGGCAAUCCUUUACAAAAUUUGAGCGAUUUCGUGAACACAAAGUGCCCAUCCUGUGGAGGUGAGGCUAAGAGAGAAACAGAUACCAUGGACACCUUUAUCGAUAGCUCAUGGUAUUUCUUCCGUUUCAUUGAUCCGAAAAACAACAAGAGCCCGUUCUCCCCUGAACUUGCUGCCAAACAUAUGCCUGUCGAUCUUUACAUUGGAGGAAUAGAACAUGCUAUUUUGCAUCUCCUAUAUGCAAGAUUUGUCUCUAAGUUUCUCUCUGACGCCGGUUGGUGGGACGGUUCCAGAGUCGACGGUGAACCUUUCAAGAAACUAGUAACACAAGGAAUGGUUCACGGCAAGACACUGUGCAACCCAAAGGAUGGAAGGUUUUUGAAGCCUGAUGAAGUGACUAUCAAUGAAGAAGGUGUCACUGUGAUCAAAUCGACCGGUGAAGUGCCUGAGAUCUCUUACGAAAAGAUGUCGAAAUCAAAAUACAAUGGUGUAGAUCCAUUGGAAUGCAUAUCGACUCAUGGUGCUGAUGUUACCAGAGCUCACAUUCUUUUUCAAGCUCCGGUAUUCGAUGUGCUGAAAUGGGAUGAUGAAAAGAUAGUUGGCGUUAAAAGGUGGUUAACGAAGAUGAUAUCCCUGACGAAUAAACUGUUUACCUCCGACUUAAAAUUUUUCAGAGGCUUCAAGGUCUCUAAAGAUCUCACUAAUAUGGAAAUAUCCUUCCACAACGAAGUGCAGCAUCUUUUGCGCAGUAUAACAGAUUCGUUCGAGAAAACUCUUUCAUUGAACACAGUCAUCUCAGACUAUAUGAAGAUAACCAACAAAAUCGACGAAGCCCUUAAUUCCUCCACAAUCAACCCCAACUUGAUAUCUUUGGCCAUGCAAAGCUUAGCCAAAUCCAUAUACCCGGUUGCUCCAUGUGUCGCUGAAGAAAUUGCUGCCAUAAUAACAACUCAUGAAUCGGGUAACACUUUUGAUCUCUACCGUUGGCCAGAGAUCGAGCUUGCGCCGUUGAAAGACGUGAUCAACUACAAAAUAGUUGUGAAUGGAAAGAUGCGGUUCAUGUAUGAGGCCGAUUCCAGAUUUUUGGACGAUAAAGACUUGGCCCUGCGGUUGUUACAAGACUCGGAGGGCGGUAAAAAAUACCUAAAGGAAAAAGAUAUAAAGAAAGUUAUCUACAAGAUGGGUGUGAUAAGCUUUGUUCUCGUGUAA